UGUUCUCAUCAUUUAUGAAUUGUACAAGAUAUUAUAGAUAAAAAUAAUAAUUAUAAACCUACAUAUUGUUUUAUAUUUCUUAUUCUACUUAAAAAUUGAAUGAAAAAAUAUAUAGAAAAAGAAAUAUAUGUAGUAGGAAGGGAAGUUGCAAAAGAGGGGGGUUUGGAAAGUGGAAAACCUUGAAGCGCUUCCCGGGGAGAAGAGCGAUUCAAGGAACUCACUCUCACACUUAUUCACACACUCACUCACCCAAUUCCCCCGUUUCCUCUUCCAAGUCCCAAACAAAACGCUUAACAACAACUAGCCAGUAGCCACACCUCAGGCUCAGACAAACGCUUUUUUAUUAAACCCACACACAGAUCUCAAAACAUUCAUUACUUUUUUGCUUUUCAACCAUGGCGAAUCGUUGGUGGGCCGCCAACAGGCCCAAUGAACCCAACUCAUCGCUUCACCAAGACAACGCUACUCCAACCAACAGCAGCAACAGCAACUCCAACACCAACAACGUUAACGUUAACGCUAACGCUGUUGAGGACGAGGACAACAACAACACCACCACCGACCGUGACCUCGACGACCACAACCUCAGCGCCGGUCGCCGCCCACGUGGCAGGCCUCCGGGCUCCAGAAACAAGCCCAAGCCGCCGGUGGUCAUUACCAAAGAGAGCCCCAACGCGCUGCGGAGCCACAUCCUCGAAAUCAGCUCCGGCAGCGACGUCACCGACUGCAUUGCCACCUUCGCCACGCGCCGCCACCGCGGCGUCUCCGUCCUCAGUGGCAGCGGCGUCGUCACCAACGUCACGCUCCGCCAGCCCACGGCCCCAGGCGGGGUCAUCAACCUCCAGGGGAGGUUCGAGAUCCUCUCGCUCUCCGGCGCGUUCCUGCCGCCGCCCUCGCCGCCGGAGGCCACCGGGCUCACCGUGUACCUGGCCGGCGGGCAGGGGCAGGUCGUCGGCGGCAGCGUGGUGGGGCCGCUGGUGGCCGCGGGGCCGGUCAUGGUGGUGGCUGCGACGUUUGCAAAUGCUACCUAUGAGAGGUUGCCUUUGGAGGAUGAACAAGGUGAAGAGGACAUGCAAGAGGUGAAUGAAGGUGGUGGAACUCCUCCUUCUCAGGGUGAACAACAACAACAGGUUUCAAUGCCGGUGUAUAAUUUGAACCCCAAUUUGGUGCCUCAAAAUGGUGAUGUCUUCUGGGUGCCUCCACCUCGUCCUCCUCCACCAACUUCUUAUUGAAAUUUUAUUCCAAAUGUCUAAUUACAUUAUUUAGAAAUCGAGACCAAGAGUCCUUUAAAAAGAAACUAACCGAGGGUUGCUUUUAAUUUUCUGCCGUUGAUCUUGCUGAGUUAUAUAUUUGCAGUCUCAUCUGACGGUUUGUAGCAAGGCAGGUGAGGUUAGAACUUUGAACUUAGAACGUUUUGAUGAAUAUUUGUUGCAUGUUGUUUUAAUUUCAAUGCUAAACUUUGUGAUAGUUUGUUUGUCUGUGUUGUUGCUUCUCUGCCUAAUCUACAUUUGGAAAUUGAAUGAAUGAAUGGAUGAUGGAGAUUUGUAUUCUUUUGC